GUCAUUUUGUCAUUUGGUACAGCAAGUGAAGUUUGUUUUGUUUACUCACGCGUUUUCAGCUCAGAAUUACUGUGAUUGAUUUUGGAUUUUGCAUUUUAUUAAAAACAUUCACCUACGUUUAAAGCGAGUAACAAAACAAACCGAUGACUAAGAUUCAGUUUUUGCCGUUACGAAAAAUCUGACAAUUGUCUUGAAAAGUUGUCAAAAACUUGGCCGAUUCAGAACUUUUGUUCAUUUAAUUAUUUUUCGUGCAAUUCAAAAUUAUGAUUAGUUCUUGUUUCUAUUAUAAUUAAAAAACCUCAAAAUCUGAAUGUCCGAAGCGAGGCUCCAUGGAUUCCAGUAUCAUCCAUUAUUCUUUGCAGACAGACCAUGAAAAUCCAAUAUAGUCAAUUGUUAUCCACGAAACCUCAUUGCGAGUGAUAGGGCACUCUUAAUAAACAAUCAUUACGGCCCAAUUACUCAUACUUUUUCCUCCAACCGGCGAAGGUAUUCAACUAUGUGAAAGCACAGAAACUAGAAUGAAAUCAACAGUCAUUUCGAAACAUACUCCGCGACCGUGGUCUGUUACGUAACUCUUACGCAACACCGCAACUCUCUUCAACCGUUGCGUAAACUCUUUUAUAAGCUCUAAGCAACGCCCUACAAAAACACUUCAGGAACACCUUCAUUAUCCAUAGCUGUCCACUCUUGUCCAAAUUGAAGUAGAACCCCUCCCCUUGACGAGAACUUAUCCCCCUCUCCCCUGCUGUGUUCAAUUAUGAUCCACGGCGAAGAUGCGCACGACAUCAACCUGUUGUACGUGGGACUGGUGGUGUUGGUGUUUGUCCUGUUCAUCGCUUGGAUCGUGCACAGGGGAAUCAAGAAGAGUUGGCGGGAGAAGAGCAUCUACUACCGGAAGGACAGCAUCAAGGACCAGCUCAAGGCCAACCCAAGCAUCACAGUGCCCCCUCUAGCCGAGGUGUCCAUCCGCGACGGCAGUCGCAUCCGGGCGUGGCUUGAGAGUGACAAGGAAGACUUCAAGAGGAGAGCCAACCGGGACCCCCGGAGGAAAAAGAAGAUGAAGAAGAAACUGCAGGAGGAACAGAAGAAGCUCAGCACUCUCAAACUGAACGGAGAGAUCGACGAGAUAGCCGCCCAGCAGCUCAAAGGCGUUGACUUUGCGAAGAAGUUGCCCCACAUGGUGAACAAGAGUGGUAUACUGACGGGGGAAAUGACUGGUUAUCAUCUUUCCAACAGAAGCUUCCAAGACAGGACUGUACAAUUCAGAGCGGGCCAACUAAUGGUCUACGGCCGUCACUCGCGCUACCUCAUGCGACGGCACUCCUCUUUCUUCGGGAACAAGGCGGCGGCGGCAGCCGGGGGAGGAGCUUCAGGAGGCGGCGGAGGGGGGACUCCGCAUCUGAUGGGGAGGGAGAGGGAGCGACAGAACUCGAUCACGUCUCAGAGGUCUCUCUUCACAAACCCCCCCAGUGACGCCAUCGCACGUCUGCCUUCCAUCUCAAGCCUUCCAGUUCACGAUGCAGGGUUUCAUCCUCAGCGGACCAGCAGUUUCAUUACAGUACAGCACCAGCCGAUCAAUUGGUCGAGUCACAACAACCCUCACGCGGGGUCGGGGUCCCUGUUCAGCGGGGGCAGCGGGGGAGGGGGAGGGGGAGGCGGCGGAUGCAUGAACGACGUCAGCUUCAGCGAUACGAUGAGUUUCGGACCCGGAGGCAUCGAACGAAUGGUGUCUGGCGGAGUUAUCGAAAGCUCGUUGCUCGAAGUGGACGAAGACGAAGUCUCCUCUCCUGGCGCCUCACUGCUUGUGUCAUCCUCACAUAAUCAUGAUGAAAUAGACGGCGAGACACACAGUACGUCAUCAAACUUUUUCACAUUCCAGCACAAUUUGGGAGCACAGAGUAACAAACGGCGAGGGUCUGCGUGUAUAAAAGACAUGAAUACUGAGUUGCGUAACCUUCUCGAAAGUUCUGCCGAGUCUAGACCAAGCGGGGUCGACUCGGGCGAAGAAGACGAAGAUGACGACAAUGAAGACGCUGAAGACGCUGAAGAAGAUGAUAACGACGAGGAGGAUUUCGCCACCGGCGAGUCGGAUGAAUCAGUGUUGUCGGCCGGAAAAAAUGGAGCUGUUCCGCCUGUAGAUUUACUCAAGUCCUCGGCUAAAGCUUCCGUUACUCUUGCUGUUCCAUUUGCCUCGCACAUGAGUCCUUCGAAGAGCAGUUCGGCCAUCGGCCCAACUCACAAAGAAGCCUCUAACUCGUCGCCCUCUUCCAUGUCCGACCACAAACUGUUCAAAAAGGCCAGAAACAACUCAUUCACCCAGCUCCUUAGUAACCUCAGUGGGGGAGGGGGGAACAUACUGGGUGGAGGAGGCUCCUAUCUUGGCGUUGGGACCGGUGGGGGCUUCAAGCACGAUCUCCGAAAGACAUUUUCCCUGUCGUCAAAGGCUAUUGACAAAAUGAAGAACUCGGCCGCUGGCAACAUGACCGGAGUUAUUGACAUAGAAAUGGACAGUCAGAACAGGCUAUCAGCACCUAAACAUAUCCAUGCCGAGAGAAAGUAUUCGGAUAGUUGUAUCAUACCCAGCAAACAUCAGAGCUCCUCUUCCUCGUCUUCCAAAUUCCAAGUCGAAAUUCUUCCGCCGGAUUUAACAGGAGUGAGACCACCUACUUCCAGGAACACCGUUCUCAACACCCUCACGAUAAAUGUAGAUUCCAUACCCCCCACCCAGAAGUCACCGAAAGAGGCCAAAGCCAAGGCAGAAGCGUCCUCAGCAGGAGAAGCUACACGUGAUAACGAUGAAGUCACAUUUACGAUGUCGGACGAUGAAACCUCACCGACUCAUGAAGAAAUAAUGCGAACUCUUUCGAAUACGACCACAGACUACUCGGAUGAAAACGGAGACACUAUUACUAGUUUGAAGAUGAUAAUUGCCAAGAAAAAAUAGUUUACAUUUGUAAAUAGGGUAUUUUACAAUAAUCAUUAUUUUGUGUA